AUGCUCUCUUCCAUCUUCGUCGCCGUUACUGGCCUUGCGACUGUUGCGCUCGGCGCUCCGGGAUAUGGUGCCCCAGCCUAUGGAGCCCCAGCUUAUGGCGCUCCCGGUCAAUCCCAAUCUAUGAGCACGACUUCUGAAUCUUCGGCAUCCCCCACCAUGGGCACGGCCUCCCCCACCAUGAGCACGGCCUCCAAGUCGUCGUCCAUUGUCAUGAAGACCAUGUCUUCGUCAUCUAUGUCGAAGAACACCAUGACAUCUUCGUCAUCCAUGUCGAAGAUGACUUCGUCGGCAUCCAUGUCGAAGAACACUUCUUCCACCAUGAUGUCGAUGACCAAGCCAACAACCUGCCCAACCAGCUGCCAGACCAAGACCAUCACCAAGUCGGCCUCCGCUACCACCUGCCCAACCACCGGCAAUGGUAACCCUACCACCAUCACGGUGACAAGCACUGCUACCGCAACUAGCACCCCUACCGCCUCUUGCGGCGCUGCUCGCACUGCAAACUUCGAUGACAUCCCUCUCGGACUCAUCAACACCACGCAGCUUGCUUUGUACGAGGGUCUCGACUACUCCGCCCUCGACGCUGGCGUUCUUGGCAAUGCCCCUCUUUUGGGCCUGAAGGCACACUCUGGCGAACAGGUCGUUACUUUUGGCCCAACCACACUGCUGUUGCAGGGCAAGCCAAUGCUGUUCCCCGUGGGCUCCAACUUCUUCAACUUCCAGAGCUUCUACUUCGGUUGUGUUGCUGCUGCUUCCACCACCGUUGCCAGCGUCGCUCUCCCAUGCACCAUCAACGUCGACGGGUUCCGUGACGGCCAGCAGGUCGCUACCCAGAGCUUCAAGUUCACCCCCAACAUCUUGGCAUUCGGCGGCAACAACAUGAUGCAGGCAACUCUCUCUGCGGCUUUCACCAACCUGGAGCAGGUCACCUUCUCCAGCUCUGGUCUCUUGGCUGUUGCCGACCUUGUCGCACUUGACGACCUCGUCUACCAGACCUGCUCUUACAAGCCAUAG